GUUGCGGUUGCCCUAGAAGCUCGUUGCUCGCUUACACUUGUGGGUCUCAUCGCCCUUUGAGCGGAUCCCUAUAGUGAUGGUCAUUUUCGAGGUUCAUGUUUACACUACUACACACUUGCAACGUGCGUACAAAGUGAUGCAGCUUGUUUGAGCAUCUGCGGCGAUGGGCAGUUUUGCAUCUCCAUCGGAAUGCGGUUCCGAGCGACUAUCGCAAUCACUAUGAGGGGAGGCCUCCAGGACAAAACUGGGCUAGAGCUACUCUUCAACUACAUCGGUCGCUAUCCUACACCAUGACCACUUUUCAUCCAUUUCCGCGGCUUCCUCUGGAGCUCCGAGAGCAGAUCUGGAAGGACACCGUCGAACCGCGCACCGUCGACGUCCGGCGUGUUCGAAAGGGGACUGAACGCUAUGGCCAGCUGGUCUCGUCUACGCCAAUUCCAGCCAUACUACAGUCCUGCCGGGAAGCGCGAAACCUUGGACUUUACAGGCGAAUUUUCUUUGAGGUCGCUCCUGCAACAAAGAAAUCCAAAGUCAACAACGAGGCUGAGAUCGCCAUGAAGAGGUUCUUCACGCUCCAUGAGCGACGGGCAGAAGAAGGGCCCAAGGAAGUAGGCUCUCCUGACAUGGAGCAGCGCUAUGUCUGGUUAGAUCUCAACAUUGAUAUGGUGGAUAUUGGGGCUUCUAGGUUCUGCAAUUACGAAUCGAUCGCAUCAGCAGUCAAGCGUCUCAAGUUUGAACGAGAGAAUUCAGAGGAAUACUUCUACCAUACUGAAUCAACUGAACUCAUGAAGUUUGCUAGUGUGGAAGAGAUUCAUAUAGUCUGCGCAGAUGGUUUCUGGAUGUGGGCUGGGGCUACACACGAGCAUUCCUGGCCCUGCGCCGAAGAAAAUCUGGUGUUUAUUGACGCAUUCAAUGGUCAGGUUGCGCGUGGCAUUGAAUUUGAAACGAUAUGUAUACAGACGCUGGAGGACGCUUGGCUAGGAGCUCCUGGCGAAGCAUUUUCCACUGAUGACGAGACUUGAAGCUGAAACAAGUAUCUUAUCUAUCUUUCUAGCUGUCGCUAGAGACAUGGUUUUAUUGGGAGUGGAAGACAUGGAGAUGCAUAAUUUUACCAAUGGAAUACUGAUGAUUACGC